AGGAAAGAUCAACUGGGUGGGGCGUGGAGGUGCAGCGGUCAGCCGCGUCCUGCGCUCUCCUGCUGCAGGCGUGGGGUUUCCACGGGACCUCCGGGUCCCACCCACUGUGAAAACAAUGCAUCUUUAGUUGGUGUAGAAUUGGUGAUUCUGAAACGACAUCAGGUGACUGAAACUCUGUCCAAAGCUUUCCACCUCUCUCACCAUUUGGAUCAACGUGCGCUGCGGUUUUAUUGACUCGGCGCUCGCAGAGUAAAUCCGUGCCAUUUGACUUGUGCAGAUUUGCGGGCUAACCGCAUCCCUAUCGUCUAAGAGAUUAAAGACUUUGACGUUCAUGUAGGCAUUCUUACUAUGCUCUCGGUGCGAGUCAUGCUCGGAGCGUCCGGCCUGUGCACUGCCAGACUCUGGAGUGGGCUGCACAUUUGAGCGUUCUGGAGCAGAAGGCUGUGGCUGUGGACGUCAUGCAUACGGAUGUGGUUCUGUUCAGCGUGCUGCUCUGGAUGGUCGAGGUGUCCGGACACAAGCGCACCAGAGGGCAAAGUCUGCAACCGUAUAGACACAUCAGAUUGACACAAGAGAUGUCUCCACUAGGACUCAGUCACAAGACUGGCAGCCCGAUAUUCAAGAGAAGUCCAGAUAUAACUAAAGCCAGGGCUACAAAGUCAGAGCAGCUGCUGAGGAUAGAUGACCACGACUUCACAAUGCGACCAGGGUUUGGAGGGCCUGCCGUCCCAGUUGGAGUGGAUGUUCAGGUUGAAAGCCUGGAUGCGAUUUCAGAGGUUGAUAUGGAUUUCACUAUGACCUUGUAUCUGAGGCACUAUUGGAAAGACGAUCGUUUGUCAUUUAAAAGCAACACCAACCAGAGCAUGACUUUCGAUGGUCGCCUGGUGAAGAAGAUAUGGGUACCUGACAUGUUUUUUGUCCACUCUAAGAAGUCGUUCACACAUGACACGACCACAGACAACGUCAUGCUGCGAGUGUACCCUGAUGGCAAAGUCCUUUACAGCCUCAGAGUCACAGUCACAGCCAUGUGCAGCAUGGACCUGAGUCGUUUUCCUCUCGACACACAAACGUGCUCAUUGGAAAUUGAAAGCUAUGCCUAUACGGACGAUGACCUGAUGCUGUACUGGAAGGAAGGGAACAGGUCUUUAAACACGGAUGAGAGAAUUUCUCUCUCUCAGUUCCUCAUUCAGGAGUUCCAUACGACCACAAAGCUGGCAUUUUACAGCAGUACAGGCUGGUACAACCGGCUGUACAUCAACUUCACCCUACGGCGGCACAUCUUCUUCUUCCUGCUGCAGACGUACUUUCCUGCCACUCUGAUGGUCAUGCUGUCCUGGGUGUCCUUCUGGAUCGACCGCAGGGCUGUUCCUGCCAGAGUGCCACUUGGUAUAACUACUGUGCUAACCAUGUCAACCAUCAUCACUGGAGUCAAUGCCUCCAUGCCGAGGGUGUCUUAUAUUAAAGCUGUGGAUGUUUACCUGUGGAUCAGCUUCGUCUUUGUCUUCCUUUCGGUCAUAGAAUAUGCCGCCGUCAACUACCUGUCUACUCUCCAGGAACGCAAGGAAAGAAAACUGCGGGACAAGUUGCCAUGUACUUGCGGCAUAGCUCAUCCUGGCAUGAUGUCGGAUUGCUACAGUGAGGUGGACGUCAACACCACAGGAAAUUACGGCAUGCCAGAGGAGAAUGGCAUGAGAAGGGAAAGGAUGCUGGUUGAACUGGCCAUGGAGACUGACCAGAUGACAGGCCAUGUUGGCUCCAGGGCUUACAGCAGCAUCUGGAUUGACACACAUGCCAUAGACAAAUACUCCAGGGUCAUCUUUCCUGGAUCUUAUAUCCUCUUCAACAUCAUCUACUGGUCUAUUUACUCUUAAAACGUUAACGCUUUCGACUGAUGAGUGAAACACCUGCUGUCUUAACAGGUGCACCUGAAGUGAAACAUUUUCAUUUGUUCUUAUAAAAGUUUUGCAAAUAUACAUUUUACACCUUAAGAUAAACAGAAAGAUGGACUGAAUCAAGAAUACAUUCAAGUAAAGCUGAAUCUAGUAUGAAGAGAUAUGCUUGUAUCGUUACAAUUAACGAUAGUCAUUGUAACUAUCGUAAUGGAGUCAGGUCAAGGAUGUUGAAGGGCAGUACUCAAAAUGCGCUAAAACAAUGACAGCUGUUAUGGGAAAUUGAAAAAUAUCCAUUGACUAUAUUAUAGGAAGCUAGUCUUCUAGCUACUCUUGACUUUUGCUAGAAGAUUUUCAUUGUGAUUUUCAUUGAAGAUGUGAUUUUUAUUUUCACAUUUUAAGCUGGAGCUGUAUUAUUAAAAUGGAGGACGAACAGUUA